AUGAGUGUAUCUAGUCAGUUUAAGCUCUUUACAAGAGCGGUAUCGAGGAUACCUCCAGUUAAACUCUCUUACAAAAACAUGUUGAGAGAUCCAUCCAAAAAAUACCCACCACCUAAACAGAUUAAACUUGCCAACCGUGAGUGGCCAAACAAAGUCAUCACACAAGCACCGCGUUGGCUCUCAACGGAUUUAAGAGAUGGUAACCAAUCACUACCUGAUCCAAUGUCUAUUUCUGAAAAAAAGGAGUAUUUUCACAAACUAGUCGAUUUGGGAUUUAAGGAAAUUGAAGUGAGUUUCCCGCUGGCCUCGCAAACGGAUUUCGAUUUCACGAGAUAUGCAGUUGAAAAUGCACCAGAAGAUGUUGCCAUUCAAGUGCUUACCCAAUCUCGAGAACCUUUGGUAAGAAGAACCGUUGAAUCUGUUAAAGGUGCCAAAAAGGCAAUUAUCCAUAUCUACUUGGCUACCUCCGAUGUCUUCCGUGAAGUUGUUUUUGGUAUGUCCAAAGAAGAUGCAAUCGCCAAAGCUGUAGAGACUACUAAGCUUGUGCGUAGUCUUACAAAAGAUGAUCCUUCAAUGCAAGAAACUGAAUGGAAUUUAGAAUUUUCACCAGAAUGUUUUUCAGAUACCCCUGUUGAGUUUGCUGUUGAGAUUUGCGAAGCUGUUAAACAGGCUUGGGAACCAACAGCUGAACAUCCAAUGAUUUUCAAUUUGCCUGCUACAGUCGAAGUUGCUGGCCCCAAUGUCUAUGCCGAUCAAAUUGAGUAUUUUUGCAAAAAUAUCUCAGAGCGUGAAAAAAUAAUCGUUUCAGUGCAUUGCCAUAAUGACCGUGGAUGUGGUGUUGCUGCUACGGAAUUGGGAUUGCUUGCAGGAGCAGACCGUGUUGAAGGAUGUAUAUUUGGUAAUGGUGAGCGUACAGGAAACGUUGACCUUGUGACUGUGGCAUUGAAUUUGUACACGCAAGGUAUUGCACCAAACUUGGACUUUUCCGAUAUGGAAAGCAUCAUUGAUAUUAGUGAGCGUUGUAACAAGAUUCAGAUUCACCCAAGAGCACCAUAUGGUGGUUCCCUUGUUGUUUGUGCAUUUAGUGGAUCUCAUCAAGAUGCAAUCAAAAAGGGGUUCUCUUUUGAGCGUGACGAUGAGAGAUGGGCUAUACCAUACUUGCCAUUGGAUCCAAAAGAUAUUGGAAGAACUUAUGAGGCUGUUAUUAGAGUCAAUUCCCAGUCAGGUAAAGGUGGCUCUGCGUGGGUUAUCUUGAGAACAUUGGGUCUUGAUUUGCCUAGACAUUUACAAGUUGCAUUUUCAUCAUUGGUACAAGAGAAAGCUGACAAAUUGGGUCGUGAAUUACAAACUCAGGAGAUUGUUGAUGUAUUCAAGAGCAACUACUUGGUUGAAUCACCAUUAAUAAUCAAUGAUUUUGAGAUUACUAAAGGUAAAAAGACGGACAGUAGAGAAAUUUACGCACAAUUGAAAUCUGAGGCCAACACCUCGGCUACUGAAUACAAGCUUCAUGGUGAAGGUAAUGGUCCAAUCUCAGCAUUUGUUGACUCUAUACAAAAAUCGUUUGGUAUUUUGUUCGAGGUUGUCAAUUACACAGAACAUUCGCUUGGUAGUGGCUCAAGCACAAAAGCAGCUACAUAUAUACAAUUGAGUUAUGUUGAUGAUGCUGGUGAGAAAGUAACCAAAUGGGGAUGUGGAAUCAGUCAUGAUGUGAGUGAAGCCUCAAUCCAAGCCAUCUUGAGUGUCGUCAACUCUUUGGUCAAGGAAGGUAAAAUCACUGUUUAG